CUUACAACUCUGCGUAGAUGACUCUACUAGCAGCUUAAUUGAUGGUGCUAUCUAUCGGGAGUAAGACAGUGAGUUGAAGUUUUGAAGUUCCAAAUCCUGAACUCUGCUUUGUAAUCAUGGCAACAGAACGGUAUAGUUUUUCAUUAACAACAUUCAGUCCUUCGGGGAAGUUGGUACAGAUUGAAUAUGCUUUGGCAGCAGUUGCAGCUGGAGCUCCAUCUGUUGGAAUCAAAGCCUCAAAUGGAGUUGUGCUUGCUACAGAGAACAAACACAAGUCGAUUCUCUACGAAGAACACAGUGUUCACAAGGUUGAGAUGGUUACAAAUCACAUAGGAAUGAUAUACAGCGGUAUGGGGCCAGAUUAUCGUCUUCUAGUGAAGAGGGCGAGAAAAAUGGCACAGCAGUACUACUUAGUUUAUGAGGAGCCUAUCCCAACAGCACAGUUGGUGCAGCGUGUUGCCAUGGUGAUGCAGGAAUACACCCAGUCUGGUGGCGUGAGGCCAUUCGGAGUGUCCUUACUGAUAUGUGGUUGGGAUGAGGGAAGGCCGUACCUGUAUCAGUGUGAUCCGUCUGGAGCAUACUUCGCGUGGAAAGCAACGGCCAUGGGAAAGAACUUUGUCAAUGGCAAGACAUUUCUUGAAAAAAGGUACAGCGAAGAUUUAGAACUGGAUGAUGCCGUUCACACUGCAAUUCUGACUUUGAAAGAAGGAUUUGAAGGCCAGAUGACGGCAGAUAAUAUUGAGGUGGGAAUCUGCGAUGCUCAAGGUUUCAGGAGACUUGAUCCAUCCAAUGUAAAAGAUUACCUUGCUAAUAUCCCAUAAUUCUUUGGCCGUAGGUACGUCUCACAUCAAAAACCAAUUUUAUAAUCAGUUCAAUGGUGGAGUUAUUAAGUAUUACGACUUGCAUAAAAUAUUGUAUGCGGUGUUAAAAAAUAUAAUUGAUUGAUUGUCAGUAAUUCUGAUACAAUGAAUAAAUUUGUUUGUACUUU